CGCCAUCUACUUGUCUUCAUUUGAUAACCCAGCUUAUACACCCUCAACUAUGUUAGUAUCGGCAUCGGAUACGAUUUGCAGCAUGGACUCUGGCUCCCUCCACGGGGUUCUAUAUCUCAUCAAGGAAAGCGCAUCAGCUACACCCUACCGUAUACGCUCGCUCGAAGACCGGGAGCUCUGCGCCGAAUGCGACCUUUGCUCCUCAAUAAGAAGAGACUUUGCAACGGGAAGUGCUGGAGAUGGUGUGCCAAGAAUAAUACCCACUCAUAAAGACUGGCCCUCCGCAAACGACACGGCUGCUUUAGGCUGUUCUCUGCCUUCUACAGACCAGCCUGCAUUAGCCAUGGUGCUGACCCCUCCUCGCGAGAGAAGUUCUAGGGCGAAGAAACGAAAGACCUGCGGGGACGAUAGAGUACCUUCAAUAGAAGAUCGGACAAAGCGUAAUGCUACAGCAAAGCCUCUAUUGGAAGCAGAAGUCAAACAGGAACCCGACACAGGUAUAAGUGCGGCCUCGGACGAAAUUGUAGUGGCGUCCGCCAACUCCAAUAUACCGAAGCUGGGGAUCGAAUGCUGCUCUCCAACGGCGAGAGUGCAGUUGUCCUCGGCAGAGAGCAUCACGCUCAGGAUUGCGCAAAAUGAAAUAGAGACGAAGGUAUAUCGGCUCGAGCGUGACCUUGAUACCGCCCGCUGGGAGAAAGUAGCUGCAAGCGAGCUACAUAUGGCCCAAAUCAAAGACCUUAGCAACACGCACAAUCGAUGCGUAGCGGCUCUACGGGCAUUCCAGCACAACGAAACAGCCUAUGCCUUUCAGCUUGCGCAAGAGGUGGAUCGCAGCAAGAAAGCGAAGGCCGAUCUCGCAGCUGAGUUACAGGCUACCAAAAUAACCACCAAGCUCAAAGUUGAGCAACUCACGGCCGAAUUAGACAGAUCAUCGAGGCUGCGGCAGCACUCAGAUCAUCUACUACAGGAGACUUGGGAAGAAAACGAAACCUUGAAGAGCUUUUUCAAGGCUGUCCUUGAAGCUAACGAGCUUCAAGUCAGACAACUUACCAUCAACGCAAAUCAACAAUCAAGGUUGCGGCAGAACCUGCAACAUCAACUGCGAGAGGUCCGUAGAGAAGGAGAAACCAGGAAACGUGCAUUUCAGGCUGAGCGAACAGCCAACGAGCUGAAAAUCAGACAGCUUACUGCCUACGUGCAUAAGCAGUCGAGGCUGCGGCAGGACCUGGAGCGUCAGCUAGCACAGGCCCGAGCGCAGAAUGGGAAUAUAGACAAUACCCGUCGUAUUGAAGAUCUUCAGGCCGAGGGGGGCCGAGGGCGAAACGCACGUGAGCAGGCGCAGCGAGACUACGAGGUAGCCAAAAGCGAACACGCGCAGAUGUUCAUUGACUUCGUAAAGGAGCAGCCCGAUUUCGCCUAUUCGGCCAUACAGAUUAGCAGCCUCUUCCAUCACACCAGUACCCAUCCGCCCAACCUCAAGGUGUUCCUCAUUACGCAGAUAACCUCAGACGUCCCGCACAACUGCUUCGGAGCGUCCCACCAGCGAACACCUGAUGCAAGAACGAGAGCAUAUCGCCCUAUCAAGCUAUAUUGCGACGCACAUCUCCCAAACAUCCUCCUCUCGCAGUGCGCAUAUACAUCAGUUCCGCCAUGCUCAGUGAUUUCUUGGCCGGCACUCUCGCCUUGUGCUGAGUCCACCUGGCCUGAAUUGGACGUCUGGCUAUGGACGGAGAUGUUCAUGUUUGGGCAGCAGGGAAGUUCGCUACCCACGAUCUGUAUCGGAUUGAUUACAAUACUCUUGAACGAUGGUGUUCCUGCUCACUUUACGCGCCUGUCUUCGGCACAUGAAUCAUCGCACUCGCGAACCUAUGUCAAGCCGGCACAGGAAGAGGAGUGCAGGCAUGUCGCCAGCUGUUGGCUCUCUAGCGGAUUAGCGAUUCUCCCUUUCAGCUGGAAGACGCCUCUUGCACUGGCAAAGGUUAGCUCCUUUUGUCGAACAACGAGUCUUCGAUGUUCCUACGGCCGUACCUCGAUGGCUUUGCGAGAGUCUUACGCGAAAGUCGAACAUGUUCUCGAGAAUUCGUCGUAA